CCUGCGUGGGGGGCAAGAGGGCGGUUUUCUCAAACCACAGACAACAACAAAAAAACAGGUCUGCGGCGAUUGACAAUUUCCUGAAGAGAGGUCGGUCUUAUCACUCCCAAAUCUCUCUUCAAAGUGUCCUAUCUGGCGUGAACCCAAGUCGGCUGAAUCCGUGCAGGCACGUAAAGCACAUUGUUCCAUGCACACAUAAUGGAAUAACUAAGUUACCUGUGAGAGAAGCCGGAACGAAGGCUCUAUGCUGUGCGCUUUACCGUUCCAAUAGUGAGUGACGUCCUCUUGGAAAACGAUUUAUACCAAAUAUUUCAGGUAUGAUUCAGAGGAAGGAGGUGGUACUCUCAGUCCUAGGGGAGCUGCAGGAUGCCACAGAGAGCUCCGGCCUGGACGCCCUCACCAGGGUAGCUCUGGAGGUCCACCAGGUCCUGACCCCCUUCACCCUGCCUUCCUCACCCUGCCACGAGUUCCCUGACUGGGAAGGUAUCGACGGCAAGGCCCGUAGCCUGUACCCUGCUGACGCCCCCGGAGGCCUCCUACCUCUGGUCUGUAAGGGAGAAGGGAACCUGCUGUUUGAUGCAGCCAGCAUGCUGCUAGUGGGGACUACUAGUCUCAGUCUGGAGCUACAGGUACGUACGGUGGUGGAGAUGCUGCUGUGGAAGAGAUACUACCUGGGUGGUAUGAUCGACUCGAAGGUGAUGCUGCAGGCGGCCAGGUUCAGCUUGCGUGCCGAGGAGUCUCAGGACAUGCUCAACCUCCCCCUCUCCGUCCUCGAAGCUAUCUUCGACGCCGACGUCAAAGCCUCCUGCUUCCCCGGCUCCUACGCUAACAUGUGGCACCUGUACGCUCUUUCCUCCGUCCUCCAGUAUAACAUCUAUUCUGUCUACCCCAUGUACAACCUGAAGAUACGACCCUACUUCAACCGCCUGAUAAGACCGAGGUACUACCCCAAAGACAUGGAUCCUAUCACCAUACACAUUAUGUGGUCUGGAGAGCUGGAGGGGGGCUCCUCCAGGUUCAGACCUAGAGUCUUUGUAGCGUUAGUCCAUUCUAGUGUCCUCCAGAUGGACAGUCCUAACGACGAGCAGAGGGUCCCCCCUUUGAAGACACUGGAGCUUCUCAACCAGGUCUCUCACCUGUCCUACUCCAGUCUGAAGGACAAGUACAACAUCACCAAGAGUACCUUCUACCGCUGGAAACGGCAGACGCAAGAGCACCGCAAAAGGUCUGCUGCCAGGUACGAGGCCAAACACUUCCUCCAAGCGUGCUAUCUGGAAGGGAAGCUCAUCCCUCUGCAUCAGUUCAAGGAGUUCUUCCCUGAGAUCUCCAGAUCCACCUACUAUGCAUGGAAGCACGAGCUGAUCUCGUCCGGCGGUAGUUUCUCCACGUUCUCCGCGGGCGAGGUGAGUCCAGGGGACAGCACGGAGCAGGAGUCCUGGUCCUCCCCAGAGUCCAAGCUCGGGCAGGAGGAAGACCAUGAGGUAGAGCCAGACGCAGAGCAUCACGACAGCGUGGCCAGUCUGUUCGGCCUGAACUACAACAAUGAUAAGAUGGAUGGAGAACGGGCCCAAAACAUGGCACUGAUGCAGGAGGCCAAGAAGGUUCUUCAGAACUGCAUCGCUAGGAACACGUCGUUCCCCUUCAGCAUCUUCAAGAGGAGCUUCCCUGGGAUCUCCAGGUCGACUUACUACAACUGGAGGAGAGAGGCCAUGCUAUGUAACCGUGGCUACAAGGUCGGAAGCAGUGAAAACAGCUUGGACGCGGAUAAGAGUAGUCCAACUGGUGGCCUGUCCCCUAUCGGGGGGACCGAGAGCCGUGGUCGCGCUGCCACCGUCUUCCCCAGAGUUAAGAUCUGUAGUAACAACCAUAAAGGGUUCAGGAUGGUGUUCCUACGCAGGAAGAAGCUGAGAGAAGCUGCCAAGGUGAAGGUGUGGAGGUCAAAAUGGCCUCUGUCUAGGUUCAGAGUGCGGUACCCCUCCCUGUCCCUCUGUUUCUACUGGCUGUGGCGUAACGGCCCCAGUGGAACCAGGAAGGAGGAAAUCACCACCCCGUCUCUAGAGAUGGACAGGUCUGAGAUUAUUAUGGGGUACAACAACGACGCAGUGAAAGACAAUGGGAUGAUGAUGACAGAGAGUGACAUAAAGACAAAGGCUCCAAUUCAGGACGUGUUCUCCUUUGAGGGGGACCCAACAGAGGAUCUGAGAGGCCCCGUCACCAUGACCUCUGUGACAUCCCCCUUGGACACCCCUCUCCCCAACCCAACCAAGAUGUCCGCCACCGCCGCUCCCACAGACGACCAGAUGUUUGUGAUGGAUCUGGUGGCUCUGGCCAACUUCAAGGCCAAGGCCAAAGUGUUCCUGCAGCAACGCUUCGAGGAGAAGUCCUUCCCCACGUUCAAGGAGUUCAGGUCCUUCUUCCCCCUGACUCCCCGCUCCACCUACUAUAUGUGGAAGAGAGCCCUGCAUCAUGGAGUGCCACUGGUACAUGGCUGAGCGACAUGGCUGAGAGAGGACACCUAGUGUAAUGGUGGUCGUACACUCUGUUACACUAGCUUUAAGCAGAAGGGUGUCCCUGUAACAAACUGAAAUGCUCUCUUGUCUGUAGUCUCUCCCGAAUCCUAAACUUCCCCCCCCUCCCCUGCCACUCCCUCAAACAAAGUCCUCAGUAUCAACCCCCACCCCUCACACACUUGGAAAUGAUGUAGAUUUUUCACAAUUGUUUUCAACUGAGCACGCUGUAAUUGUUUGGUUUGAGGUAUGCUUCAGCUGGCUGGGUGAAGUCUAACGUAUUGAAAUGGCAAUGCAUUUUAAAACCUGAUGUUCUCCCUCCAUCUCGUCUCUAUUCCUGCCUCUCCUUUGUUCUCCUCCCCCCAUUGCUUCACCUAUCACCUUCAGGUCAUGGACAUUUGCACAUCUGUGAAGAGAGACUGUCCUACAGUUCAAGUAAUAGUCCUCUGGCCUCUAGCAAAAGGCAGUUGAAAGUCAUCCUGAUAGUGACCAACCAGUGGGGGGGGGUUGAUUUUAAAUGGCUCUUUGUUUGAGACUGGGUGUGUUCUUCUUCUCUUGUAUCGUCUUGGUUUUAAUCUUCAGGAAGGACUCCUUUUAUUUCCCUGUUUUUUUCUUCAUUUUAAAUUGUUUUCAGGUUCCUUCAGGAUGAUCUGUAUUUUUCUGUUAAUCCAUUUGAAGUCUGUCUACCUGUUCUGUAGGAUUCCUAGUGGUUUACCUUUUUAAUGUGUUGUAUUGUAAGCAGUCUGUGGUUGUCAGGGAAAGGCCUUUUUGUUUCAGAAAUUCAGUUUCUCCCUUUUUUUGUUGUUGUUGUUUAAAACAUGCUCUGUACACAUACACUUGGUGCAUUGCAAUUUUGUGUUUCAGGGGUCUUUUACUUCAUCGUGAUUUAUAUAGCAAUAGAUGCUACACCGAACAGGUAAUGACCUAUAGAUUGUCUCCUACUGUAAGGUAUUUGUGUGGUAUUUCAAUGGGACAAAUCUCAACCAUAUCAGGGAUCAGUUUUUCAUUUACAACGUUAUGUCACAGGGUUGUCUUCUCAAGACAAAUGUAUUUCAGUUUGAAUGGAGCAGUUUUGUUUUCUAAUGAAUGUUUACAAACACUUCUGGACUCGCUACCAGAAUAUGUAAUAUGCUAAUUGGCCUAAUUAAGUGUGUGAUCUUCUUUAAGAAUUUCUAUAUUUUCUCUGUGAUUACCAUGCCUUUAAAAAAAUAUAUAUAUUAAUAACUACCUAUCAUUCAUGUUUUUCUGGUAACCAUAAUGUGAAAUGAAUCUUCUCUCUAUUUGAAGUCCUAAAUCAUGGUAUUUUAGUUUUGUAAAAUCAUCUUUGUCUUUUAUUUUUUUAAGGAGAUGUUAGUUUCAUUUAGUUAUGUUUCCAAACACAUUAUCUUAAAGAGUAUUGGUGUACCACUGUCGUCAUAGCAGCCAAACAUAAUGUUUUCUAUUCUAAUGUUUUCCUGCAUAUUUGUUUAUCAAAACUGGUGGAGCGAAAACAGUUUGUUAUUUUUUUGCUACGAGGCAGAACAUCAAUAAACCAACCACCCACUCAAACUACACUUGUGCUCGUGAGUCAUCCAAUCAUACAGCUUCUAACUCCUGACAGUACGUUAUCAUG